UCUUUCUUCUUUCUCCUUAGAAGGAGGUCUUGUCUCACUUAUCCAGCGACAAUGCAAAAUGGUGCCUGGUUUUAAUAAGUACUGUUAUGGAAAUGACUUCAGGAUGAAGUUACUGCAGACGACAAGCAGGAGCUGAACUUGGGCUCAAUUUGCAAUAAGCCUUUGCCAUUGACUAACUUAAGCAUCUUAGGCAACUUGCUUUCUCAUUGUUUACUGCUUGAGGGUUGUGACCUCCUGCUGAGGGCCCAGCCUUUGAGUUUGGAGUAGGCCUUGCGGGCCUCUGGCAGGCAUCUGUGUGCUUGUUGAAUGAAUGAUGCUAACCAAGUGAGUCCUCCGCAGCAGGUGCUCAUCGCCAUUAGCCAAAGGUGAUAACAUCAUUACUCUUCUAGGCAUAAGUAGAAAUCCAUAAAGAAAACUCUGCUCAGACACAUAGCUACUGAUGCUACAGUAUAGGUGUUAUAGUUCAUGCAUCUGGACAUGUGAACCGUUACUGCUCUGAUGUGAUCUUCAGGUACAAGUGGGUAAUGAAAGUGCAUUUUAUGGUUUGCUCAGGUAAGCUUUUGGAAGAGGUGGGGGAAUGUUUUAGGUCUGUAAAAAGUGGCUGAUGAUGUCUACCCAGUAGGGUGAGUGGCAAGAGGAUGGCUCAGUCUGUUCUGAUGUAGACCUAAAUUGUAUUUCUACAGCAGCGUUUUCCUACAAUGUCACUUUACUCCUUUGUGUUUUAGGUGAGAUGAGUGAGAGCCGAGCAAAGAGAGUCCGAAUCAAAGAGGUGGACGGCUGGACGCUGAGGUUGCUAAUUGAUUAUGUUUACACUGCUGAAAUUCAGGUUACAGAAGAAAACGUGCAGGUACUUCUCCCAGCAGCUGGCCUGUUGCAGUUGCAGGAUGUGAAGAAGACUUGCUGUGAAUUUUUGGAGUCCCAGCUUCACCCUGUCAAUUGCUUAGGAAUCCGGGCUUUCGCUGAUAUGCACGCCUGCACAGACCUCCUGAAUAAGGCCAACACCUACGCAGAGCAACACUUUGCAGAUGUCGUACUUAGUGAAGAAUUUCUCAACCUUGGCAUUGAACAAGUGUGCAGCUUAAUCUCAAGUGACAAACUUACCAUUUCCUCUGAAGAGAAGGUAUUUGAAGCAGUAAUAGCUUGGGUGAACCAUGACAAGGAUGUGAGGCAGGAGUUUAUGGCUCGGCUGAUGGAACAUGUCCGGUUACCUUUGCUUCCUCGAGAGUAUUUAGUUCAGAGGGUUGAGGAGGAAGUGUUGGUGAAGAACAGCAGUGCUUGCAAAGAUUACCUUAUCGAAGCUAUGAAGUAUCACUUGCUUCCGACAGAGCAGCGGAUCUUAAUGAAGAGCGUUCGAACCCGUCUGAGGACACCCAUGAACCUUCCCAAAUUGAUGGUGGUGGUUGGGGGCCAGGCACCAAAGGCCAUCCGAAGUGUGGAAUGCUAUGACUUUAAAGAAGAACGGUGGCACCAAGUGGCAGAAUUGCCUUCCAGGAGGUGCAGGGCAGGGAUGGUGUAUAUGGCUGGACUUGUUUUUGCUGUUGGUGGCUUUAAUGGCUCAUUAAGAGUUCGCACGGUCGAUUCUUACGACCCUGUGAAAGACCAGUGGAGCAGCGUUGCUAACAUGCGAGACCGGAGAAGCACUUUGGGGGCUGCUGUGCUAAAUGGACUGUUGUAUGCAGUAGGGGGCUUUGAUGGCAGCACAGGCUUAUCGUCUGUGGAAGCAUAUAACAUCAAGUCUAAUGAGUGGUUUCAUGUUGCUCCCAUGAACACGAGGAGGAGCAGUGUUGGCGUGGGUGUUGUGGGAGGCUUGCUUUAUGCUGUGGGGGGCUAUGACGGAGCUUCACGGCAGUGUCUUAGCACGGUAGAAUGCUAUAAUGCUACAGCAAACGAGUGGACCUACAUAGCAGAAAUGAGCACCAGGCGGAGUGGAGCAGGUGUUGGUGUGUUAAACAACUUAUUAUAUGCUGUAGGAGGUCAUGACGGCCCUUUAGUACGGAAAAGCGUUGAAGUUUAUGAUCCCACCUCCAACACAUGGAGACAGGUUGCAGAUAUGAACAUGUGCAGAAGAAAUGCAGGAGUUUGUGCAGUUAAUGGCCUGUUAUAUGUUGUUGGAGGGGAUGACGGCUCCUGUAACUUGGCAUCAGUAGAAUAUUAUAACCCAACGACAGAUAAGUGGACAGUUGUGUCAUCUUGUAUGAGCACAGGGAGAAGUUAUGCAGGGGUCACAGUUAUUGAUAAACCAUUAUGAGCCUGAAGGACAUUUUCGGCAUAUUUAUACCUGAGAAACAGGCUUCAAGCAUUUCCGAAGUGACUGAGAAUCUAGCACUUCUGCACUUGCAGCUGCACUUUAAGUCUCAGCAGAAGAUAAGAUCGUCUGCCUUUAGAGGCCUCGGAUACUGAAGAUUAUUUUUGGUAGAAGCACCGUGUAGGCUUUCUCUGCAAUGAGCAGCAGCUGACUGACUUAAUAAGAAACCUGGACUGCAGUACUGACUCUGUAGUCCUUAGCCAACAGUUGCUUUCAUAAAGACUAGUUCUUAUCAGCCUUGAAUGACUGUGGAUUACUUUGUGGAGGAGGAUGAAGUUAAUGUGUGUUCUUGUAA